AUGUAAUACUUUUAAGAAUUAGCAAAGAAAUAAUUGAGUGGUGAUGGUCGUUUGAUUGAAUCUCCAAGACUCUGUAAUGAAUAAGGAACCAAAUGGUUAAUUGGAUAUAAUCAUAUUAUUGCAAGUGAUGAGGAUUAUGAAAAAUUUAAGAAUGGAAUAAAUAAGGAUCAAGCCGAAGAAUUAUUAGUUCAAGAUAUCAAUAAUGCUAAAAUUGUACUUCAAUAUGACUAUAAUGAAUAAUAUGGAGAAAAUAGUUUUUAAUAAUUAAAUAUAGGCUGCUAAUAUUUACUACUGUCUAUUCUUAUGAAUACAGGAAGGUUGUUAUAAUAUACUUAAUUGAUAAAGGAGUGUUAAAAAAAGAAUUUUUAUGAAGCUUUGAAAUUGAAUGAAAGGAAGCAUAAUAGCGAUGAGAAUAAAUAAAAUAUGUUAAAGCUUAACUACAUAGAGGAACGAAAGUUUUUUUAAGAACAUUUUGAUCAAAAUGGAAAUCCAAUAAAAGAGGGUGUAUGGAUAUAUGACAUACCUUAAAAAAAUGAAGAAGAACUAGCCUAUGCUACUGAGAAGCUUGAUGAUAUAUUUACAACAUUAGAGCAAUUUUCUAUAUUUGCUAUAAAAAGUGAAUUAGAAUUUUGUAAUCGCAAGAGUUGUGAAUGGAUAUAAUUCUUAAGGGAUUUGGAAGGAAAAAAGUAUAAUUAUGUAAGUUACAAUGAAGAAUAAAAAAAGUGGUUUCCUGUAAAUGUGAAGGAUUAAGAAUAUUGUAUAAUUGGAUACUCUCACAUUUGUAAACCCGAAGAAGUAUUAGGAUAUAAAGAUGGUUUGGAUGAUGGAUAAGUUAACUAUUUAUUUUUAGCUGAUUAUGAUUAAAAUUGUUUGAAAUUAAGGAGGUUUUUGAAAUAGGAAUAUCCAAAUAUAGAUUUUGAUAGUCUUAAUUCUUAAGCUUAAUUAUUAUUAAUAGACUUAUCUUUUAGAAAUUGGCCAUUAAUAUAAUAUAAAAAAUCAAUUGAUCUUGUUUUAUAAAAUAAAAUAUAGGAAGCAAUUAUAGAAAGUUACAUAUAUUACAGACCAUGUGAGUCAGUUAAUUCUCAUUAUUUAAUUAGAUAGGAUGAAAUUAACAAAUUUAUUAAUUUGAUUUCUUCAACUUAUUAAUUUUAACAAAAGGCUUAAAAAAAUUUCUUAGAAAAUCCUAAUUUGAAUAAAAUAGUUGGUGUUAAAAUAACUGAAAAUAAUUUCAGUUUUGUUCUCAAUGAAGAAGCUGAAACUUAGAUUUAGAUAUUAGAUUUAAUGACCUUUUUAAAAGUUUAUUAUGAUCCAGAAUUUGCAGAUUAACAAUUUGAUAUGACAUUUUCAUUAGAACCAGAAGAAGAUGAUUAAGAAAUGAAUAGUCAAUAUCAAUAAAAAGUCUAUUUCCCAAAAUAUUUAGAAGGGACACAUGUAGGAGAAGUACUAUAUGAAGCUGAUUUUCUUUUAAAAUAAAUGAGUUUGGGAAUAGAAGUUUUGUCAAGAGAGCCAUUAUAAACUAGACCUUUUGAUUAUGGAAAUUUAGAUAUAUAGCCACUAUAUAAAUUAGAUCCAGAAUAUUUUGCUAGACUAUUUCUUAAAAUUGGAAAAUUGAAGUUAAAUAUAGUAGAAGAUAAACAUAAUCAUAUUCAUAAAUUAGAAAUUGAGAAAAUUUAAUUAACUGUUGAUGCAAGAAUUGUUAAUCAAGAACUUUAAGAUGAAGUAGUUUAAGAUGAAAAUAGUGGAGCUUAUAAAUUUGCAAUUUAAUUUGCAAAAAAUUAUGAUUAAAUUGCUCAAAAAUAUCCUAUCUUAAUAAGACUAAGACAAGUGUUAAUGGCUAAUUAUUUAGCCAAAUACAUGUUUGAAAAAGGGGUUUCAAUUGAAUAUAAAUUGAUUGAAGAAAUCUUCAAUUAGAAUCUUAUUCCAAAUUAUUAACCUUUUAUAAGUCCAACAUUAAAAUUAGAUGUAGAAGAUGAAUAUUAGAUUAUUAAUGUAAGAGGUGGAAUAGAUGGAAAUACAGAUGAAUUAAAUAUAUAAGUAGAGUAAGGUAUUAAUGAGCUCAAUAAAAACCCAAGUUUACAGAGUGUUGAAAUAUAAUCAGAGAUUGUUGAUACUAAAUUAAAAAGAGUAGAUAGUGUAUCUAGUGUUUCUACAUAGGAUUCAAAUGAAGAAAUGGUUGAUUUAUAAUAGAAGAUAGAAUGUGUAAAAUGUAAAAAUAGUUUAGAAUAAAGUGAAAUAAAAAAUGAUGUUGAAUCUAAUAUUUGUAAAAGUUGUUUAGGUUAAAAAUGUUCAAAAUGUUAAUAAUUCUUUAAUUAUUCUUUAUAGAAUAUUGAAAAUGAGAUAUAUUGUAAAGAAUGUAUAAAAUGUCAUGAAUGUAAUAAAUAAAAACCAAGAUAAAUGUCUGGAUCCUUUUUUUAUCAUGAAGAUUGUUUAAAGAUAUCAUAAGAUUCAAUACUUAAAAAAGAAAUGAUUGCUUAUAUUAAGAAAUCUUUUGGAACAAAAUAAAAAAAAGGUGAUAAUAACAAUUCAAUUAUUACUUUUUAAUCUCAACUGUAUCCUUGUUUAAAUAUAAAAGAUUAUUUAAGAUAUGUAAUUGGUUAUAAUCAUCCACUUAUUAAGAGUAAUAUUCCAAUUGAUCCUAAAACAUUUAAAAUAACUUAAGAAUAGGCUGAUAACUAUUUAAAUGAAGAUUUAGAUUAAUUUGAAAAGGAGUUAUAUGAAUUUUAUUGUAGAAAAAAUAAAAAGCCAUAGGACAUUCCUGAAAACAUGAGAAUGUUACUGUUGUUUGUUCUAUUCAUUUUUAAAGAUUUCAAUACUAUUCUCAAUCUAGCUAAUUAAUAAAAUUAUAACCAUCUUUACGUUGCAAUUGAAAAAUUUAAAUAUCCACUAUAAGGUAUAGAUAUUCUAAAGAGAUAAGUUGAUAUGAUUUUAGAAUUCUUUAAUGAUCAUUUUCAUAAAGCAGAUGGAAGUGUUAGACAAAAAGAUUUAAAAAGUUAGUUUAAAAAAUACCUACCUACCUAUAAAAGAGAUUGA